AAUGCUGGAUUACACAGUCCUUCCAAAUGUGCUGGAUUCCAUGGAGCAGCAAGCAGCUCUGUUUCCUGUUUUGCAACACCUUAAUUCCCUCUAGCUUUGUAAAUUGGCCCAUCCGAGGUCUCAUUUAUGAAGAUGGUUCAUCACUCCGGUUCCAUACAAUCAUUUAAACAGCAAAAAGGCAUGAAUACAAGCAGGAGUGAGACAGUGAAAGAACCACCCUUAAAGCCCUCCAGAAGAUCCUUGCCAUGCCUUGCCCAGAGCCAAACUCAUCCACAAAGUCUCAGCAAGCAUUCCUCAUUUCUUCAGCCAAAUCAAGUGAUGCCUCUGUCCCAGCCUCAGCUUCAGUCUCAGCCUCAGACUAUGACUGCAGAGGCAUCAAGUGCUACAGUCAAUGUAGUAUCAGAACGAGAGUGACAUGUCUGCACUGGCAACAUCAGGUUUAUUCUUCAAAGAUGGCAAAAAACGUAUUGAUUACAUUUUAGUCUACAAAAAAUCCAGUACUCAAAUUGAGAAAAGAAGCACCUUUGAAAAGAAUUUACGAGCGGAAGGAUUAAUGUUAGAAAGAGAGCCAGCUGUUACAGACAAUGACAUUAUGUUUGUAAAAAUCCACUGUCCUUGGGAUACACUCUGCAAAUAUGCCGAAAGAAUGAACAUUAGGAUGCCUUUCAGGUAA